UAUUACAACCAAAAUAUAUUGUACACCGGCGGCACAAGAAAAAAUAAAAAUGCCAACGCUGGAAGAUAAAGCUAUUUGGGAGGAUGUUGAAGAAUCACUUGGAGAGGAGGUUCUCCGUAUGUCCAACGAUGAAAUUACCAGCAGAACACGACUUCUAGAUAAUGAAAUCAAGAUAAUGAAAUCAGAAAUAAUGAGAAUCUCACACGAGCUUCAAGCGCAGAAAGAAAAGAUAAAGGAAAACACAGAGAAGAUCAAAGUGAACAAGACCCUGCCCUACCUGGUGUCUAAUGUGAUAGAGUUGCUGGACAUGGAUCCACAGGAUCUGGGGGAGGAGGACGGUGCCAAUAUUGACCUUGAUGCUCAAAGAAAGGGCAAAUGUGCAGUCAUCAAAACGUCCACUAGACAGACCUACUUUUUGCCAGUAAUUGGACUUGUUGAUGCGGAGAAGUUGUCCCCAGGAGAUCUUGUGGGUGUAAACAAGGACUCGUACCUGAUACUGGAGACCUUGCCUGCAGAGUACGACUCCCGUGUGAAGGCCAUGGAGGUGGAUGAGAGACCCACAGAGCAGUAUGCAGACAUUGGAGGGCUCGAUAAACAGAUUCAGGAGCUUAUUGAAGCAGUAGUCCUUCCAAUGACCCACAAGGAACGCUUUGAAGCCUUAGGAAUCCAGCCACCUAAAGGUGUCUUACUGUACGGCCCACCUGGCACGGGUAAGACCCUGUUGGCACGAGCCUGUGCUGCGCAGACUAAGUCCACCUUCCUCAAGCUGGCAGGUCCCCAGCUGGUGCAGAUGUUCAUCGGAGAUGGUGCCAAGCUCGUACGAGACGCUUUCGCUUUGGCUAAAGAGAAGCAGCCUGCUAUCAUCUUUAUUGAUGAAUUGGAUGCUAUUGGCACAAAGAGGUUCGACAGCGAGAAGGCAGGUGAUCGUGAGGUCCAGAGGACCAUGUUGGAACUGCUCAAUCAGAUGGACGGCUUCCAGCCCACCUCCAUGAUCAAGGUAAUUGCUGCAACCAACAGAGUGGAUAUUUUGGACCCAGCCUUGUUGAGGUCUGGUCGUCUGGAUAGGAAAAUUGAAUUCCCAAACCCGAAUGAGGAAGCAAGGGCAAGAAUUAUGCAGAUCCACUCACGGAAAAUGAACGUGAGCAAGGAAGUUAAUUAUGAUGAGUUGGCCAGAUGUACAGAUGACUUCAACGGAGCACAGCUGAAGGCCGUUUGUGUAGAGGCAGGUAUGAUAGCAUUGCGUCGUGGUGCCACUGAGCUGCAGCAUGAGGAUUACAUGGACGGUAUCAUUGAAGUGCAAGCUAAGAAGAAGGCCAACUUGCAGUACUACGCUUAAAUAUAUAUAUGUAUGGAAACCGACAUCUGACAGUGUUUUUUUUUGUAAUUGCCUAUGGUUGGAAUAAAAUAUAUGACAAAGCAUAACGUUGAAAAAUUUAUUUGACGCUUGUUUAUAUCAUCACAAUAAUAACAAUUUAAAAACAAGGAGCAGUGUUGAAAAGGGAACAUUUCACAAAAAGGAUUUAUUGUUUUGUACAGCAGAUUUGUUUUUCUUUAAAUAAAAUAAAACAUGUAUCUUGA